UGAGAAGGCAGCAGGCGUCACCUUCAGCAGACACUGUGGGGAGAUACGCUCCCUGAAUCCUCUCCACCAGGCGUGGACAUCUUACCGGGGAAUCGCCUUAGAUCUAGAGAGUUUGGUUGGAUUACAGAAAGGUCUUGCACACAGAACGUCCGGAUGGAACCCGCUUGAUUCGGGAUUGACUGAGGCAGAAAAAAGCCAAUAAGCAACCGGCAGACGUUGCAAAGUUUAAGUGUCCCACAACUUGGGCCCGAGCACCAUCGAAGUGACGAGAAUGGAGAUGGCACCAAGUGGGACAGCGGCGAUUUCCCAUUGCCGAACAAACUAAGGAGCUUUCGAGGUUGACCUUGAGUUCUAGGGUAGAGUCACAUUUUGGUUCUCAGGAGUCCACCACCUUCAAAUCCGCCCCACCUCCCACCCCACUUUUUUAAAAAACGCGGCAUUAAAUCCCUGGAGCAAUGUGCACCGAGGCUUUCCAGUACCGAGCUCUGUUUGAGUACAAGAAGGAGAGAGAAGAGGACAUCAACUUAUUGCCGGGUGACGUUCUGACCGUUAGCAAGUCGGUGCUGUUGACGGCGAAUUAUCAAGAGGGAGAUGAGAAGAAUCCCAAAGGGUGGCUAAAUGGUGUUAACGAGAGAAACAAAGAGAAAGGAGACUUCCCUGGGACCUAUGUUGAGUUUGUUGGACCGGUUCGAAUUGUGCCUCCAACUCCCAAGCCAAGACCAAGACCAGUACCUCCCACCCCAGCGGCCAGCUCAGCUUCCACUAAUGUUCCCUUGGGGCAGGAGCUAACUGAGCUGUUAACUUUGCCGGAUCAAGCACCACAGAUUGUGAUGAAGCUGAUUGAGGCCUUGGAGAAGAAAGGUACAGAAGGUGAAACCCUCUACAGGCCUCCCCCUGGCUCAGCUGGCGGCUUGGAGCUCAAGGAAGCUCUUGAAAUUGAUAUGGCAGCUGUUGAUAUCGAUCAAUAUGACAUCCACAUCAUUGCUGAUGCACUGAAGCAUUACAUACGAGGGCUGCCUUCACCUGUGAUUCCACCAGCUAUUUACAGUGAGCUAGUCUACACUGCCCAAGAAAUCCAGAAUCUUGAUGAGUGCGUCCAGCAAAUUAGAAGAAUUGUGGAAUCUCCCAGCCUGCCUCAGCCACACUGCCUUAUUCUGCAGUGUCUGGUGAAGCACUUCUGUAAAGUGUGUCAGUGUGAAGGCGUAAACCAUCUCACCCCAAGGCUUCUGGGCGAAAUCUUCAGUGACGUCUUCUUCAGGCAUUCACUAUCAAGUGCUGAUGUGAAUCCAGAGCACCACAUCAAGAUCAUUGAGGCACUUAUAAUGACUGGAGGCCUGGCUGAAAUGCAAGCUGCACCAGCUCUUCCUCCAAAGCCACCUAAACCCAUGACGUCAAUAACUGCCAAUGGAAUCAAAGAUAGUGGAAGCAUAUCUCUACAAGAUGCUGAGUGGUACUGGGGAGAUAUCUCUAGGGAAGAAGUGAAUGAUAAGUUGCGAGACAUGCCAGAUGGUACAUUCCUUGUGCGGGAUGCUUCCACCAAGAUGCAGGGAGAUUAUACUUUGACCCUCAGGAAAGGAGGCAAUAACAAGCUAAUCAAAAUAUACCAUCGAGAUGGAAAGUAUGGCUUCUCUGACCCACUCACUUUUAACUCAGUGGUGGAACUGAUUAACCAUUACAGGCAUGAGUCCCUUGCCCAGUACAACCCAAAGCUGGAUGUGAAAUUAAUGUAUCCAGUCUCCAAGUUCCAGCAGGAUCAGGUGGUAAAAGAAGACAAUAUUGAUGCUGUUGGCAAAAAACUGCAGGAAUACCAUAACCAAUAUCAGGAUAAGAGUAAAGAAUAUGACCGGCUUUAUGAAGAAUAUACACGGACUUCACAGGAAAUACAAAUGAAGAGAACUGCAAUUGAAGCCUUUAAUGAAACGAUAAAAAUAUUUGAAGAGCAGUGUCACACUCAAGAACGUUACAGCAAAGAAUAUAUCGAGAGAUUUCGCAGGGAAGGGAAUGAGAAGGAAAUUGAGCGGAUAAUGAUGAACUAUGAAAAACUCAAGUCUCGUCUUGGGGAGAUACAUGACAGCAAGAUGCGCCUGGAACAGGAUCUGAAGAAGCAAGCGUCCGAUAACCGGGAGAUUGACAAGAAAAUGAAUAGCAUCAAGCCUGACCUAAUUCAACUGCGAAAGAUCAGGGAUCAGUACCUGGUAUGGCUCAAUCACAAAGGAGUGCGUCAAAAGAGAAUAAAUGACUGGCUUGGAAUCAAAAAUGAAAAUGCAGAUGACACAUAUUUCAUUACUGAAGAAGAUGAAAACCUUCCUCACUAUGAUGAGAAGACCUGGUUUGUAGGAGCUAUUAAUCGAACACAAGCUGAAGAUUUGCUUCGAGGAAAAUCAGAUGGUGCCUUCCUAAUCAGGGAAAGCAGUAAAAAAGGCUGCUAUGCCUGUUCUGUGGUCGCUGAUGGAGAAGUGAAGCACUGCGUGAUUUACAGCACGCCAAGGGGUUAUGGAUUUGCCGAACCUUACAACUUGUACAGCACUCUUAAAGACCUGGUGCUGCAUUACCAACAAACUUCACUGGUCCAGCACAAUGACUCUCUGAAUGUGAGACUGGCCUACCCCGUCUACAGCCAGAUGCCCUCUCUGCGCAGAUGAAUGUUUGAGUCGGCAGUGACAGAUUACAGAACACUGAGGGCAUUGUACUUGGCUGCUUUUGCACAGUGAGUACAGAAUAUGAACAGGACAGUGGCGUACUCAAGAGUUCAGGUGACCUGGUGCUACCUAAACUCCAACUGUGACUUUCUGUUUUUUUGCUUUUAUUUCAGUCACAGAGAAACACACAAAAAAAACUGGAAAUGUAUCUUUUUUUUUGGUUUUUGUUUUGGUGUCAUUCGUGUGGAGCUGAAACUUAAGUCCAAACAGUCUGGUGCUGAUGGCUCUAGGCUAUUCAUCGUGAGAGUUUAAAAAUCUCCAACUUUCAGAUGUUCUUUUUCAUGGAACAGCCAGUGAGAACUCUGUUAGUCUUAACUUCAGAUCUCUACAAUAUCUAGCGCAACUCUGACCAGAGCACCCAAUGUACGAAGAAGACCUCUUUGCAUUUUUAGUUUAGUCGACGUAUUCUUCUUGAACUAGACUUGACCAGAUUAUCUGAUUUCUUUCACUUGUUGGAGGACACUGAACUCUGUGUGAAAGAAGACCAAAGGCAUUCAGGAGAGCUUCUGACAAAAAAAAAGUUUAAAACUGGCAAAAUUUGAAAAAAAAAAGUUGCACAAAGGGUCAUUUUCAAUGUACUGGAGUACAAAUUUAAAAAAAGAAAUACAAAUAAAGAACAUUUUAUGGCU